UGAAAAGUGUAGGAGUCGAGAAACUUCACCCAUGUAAACAACGUCAAGAAGAGAAGCUGUGUGACACCCUGUGGGUAGCGAUACGCAGCAGUACGUAGCCGUAUUCAUCCGCUGAUCAACUAUGCCCCGGAAAAAGCCAUUUAGCAACAAACAGAAGAAGAAACAGCUCCAAGUCAAACGGGGCAGAAAGAGAGGUGACACGGGUGCAGGGCCGAGCAGCCGCAAUGCCAGUGUGGAGCGAGGAGAGAGACAGUCGGACACGUCUGACAGUGAGACCACGGAUGUCAGGAGAAUAAAUCAGCAGCCAGGCAGAGAAGGUCGAUAUGACCCCAACAGGUUUCGACUGCAUUUUGAGAGGGAGAGUAAAGAGGAAGUGGAAAAGGGGAAGAAGUUGGCCAUGGAGAAGGUGCUGAAGCCAGUCUCGGAAAAAGAAAACGAGAUCAACAUCGAUGACAUCUUCCCCUCAGAGAAAGGUCUUGGUUUCCCAAAACGACCGUCCUGGAGUUAUGAGAUGACACGAGAGAACCUGCUUAGGAAAGAGGAGAAGUCAUACAGAAACUACCUGGACGACCUGUACGCCAAAAACCCAGCUGGCUCCCUCAGCCACUUUGAGCACAAUCUGGAGACAUGGAGGCAACUAUGGAGAGUGUUGGAGAUGUCAGAUAUCAUCCUGAUCAUCGUGGACAUCAGGCACCCGGUGCUGCAGUUCCCGCCAACCCUUUACCACUACAUCACAGGAGAGCUCCAGAAGCACGUGAUCAUGGUGUUAAACAAAGCCGACCUGUGUCCUCCUCCGCUGGUGAUUGCCUGGAAACACUACCUGACUUCCCAGUUCCCCCACCUGCAUUUAGUCAGCUUCACCUCCCACCGUGGACAGCCCUACAGCACAGUGCUCCAAAAGAAGAGGAUGAGGAAGAAGGCGGACUGGAGUCACGCUGGAGGUCCUCUAGACAUCCUGAAGGCCUGUCGGGAGAUCACAGCGGGGAGAGUUGACCUAUCCAGCUGGGAGCAGAAAAUUAAGAGAGAUUCUGUUGCUUUGCGACUGGAUGGGGAGCAGCCGGACGAAGGAGCAGAGUCGGUGCUGAUGGAGCAUCUAAGUGACAGGGCUAUGGAAAUGGGCGGCCCAUCCCAGGAGCUGUACAAAGACGGGGUUCUCACACUGGGCUGCAUCGGCUUUCCAAAUGUUGGUAAGUCAUCUGUUCUGAACAGCCUAGUGGCGAGGAAGGUAGUGAGCGUGUCCCGAACCCCAGGCCACACCAAAUACUUCCAGACCUACUACCUCACCCCGACAGUCAAACUCUGUGACUGCCCUGGACUCAUCUUUCCCUCCCUUGUGAAUAAACAGUUGCAGAUCCUGGCAGGGAUCUACCCCGUGGCUCAGCUGCAGGAGCCCUACAGCUCAGUUGGUUAUUUGUGUGCACGGACCCCAUUCCUCUCUGUGCUGAAACUCAAACAUCCCAGUUUAAUGGACAUCAAGCCCCACCAGAGAAACGAGGGGUCUGAAGGGCUCAGCUGGACUGCCUGGGAUGUGUGUGAGGCCUGGGCGGAGAGGAGAGGCUACAAGACGGCAAAAGCAGCUCGCAACGAUGUUUACCGCGCGGCUAACAGUCUCCUGCGCUUGGCCAUUGACGGCAGAUUGUGCCUCUGCCUAAAACCACCUGGCUACAGCUGCUUGAAGGAGCACUGGGAAAAUCACCCGGAUCUGGCCGAGAUCGUGGCUCUGCAAGGGAGGACAGAGGAGGAAGGAACGGGAGGCGACGACGACGACGAUGGAGAGUCCAGCACCGAGCCCGAGGAAGAACGAGACCGGGACGCGGACGAUGAUGAGGAUGGAGAUGAUGAAGACGAAGGCUUUGGACACCCAAGGCCGAAGGAAGAUAAGCCGUCUGGUUUCACUGUCAACAUGUACAAUGUUCUUCGUGAAAAUGAGUGCGAGUGAUCACGGAGGGCACGGCGAGCAGGAAAGCACAAGUUGUUCCCUGACUUCUCUCUUUUCAUUCCUUUUUUCCCCCGAAAUCUGCUUUUCUUUUUUUCUUGCAUCUCCACUCCUCAUGUCAUGACCUUCUCUGUGCAUUAACAUGAUCUAUUCUAAUAAACGCACCAUGUUUCCCCUUUCCCUAUACUAUUCAGAGCAUACUCGUGUACCCAUGCUGUGCCUCUGCUCGUUCAUCCAUGAAGCGUGUUCUCUAGUGCUGCUUCUAGGAAUGGGUUUGGUUUGGUUUGCUUGUGGCUUCCCUCAGUCUGGAAUAGUCAACCAACUGGUUUUCAAUCUCUUUAUUUACAACUGACUUUACAGCUGAGACGCCAAAGUUCAAGGAAGGAUGAUAGAACCAAUCGGAUGCACUGUCGAUAUGAUGUCCUUCACUGGAUUCGCCAUUUGGCUCUUGGAGCAGCUGGAGAUUUAGGACCAUGACUCUAAAUCUUCUCUGCAGACCAUAGUUUGGUUAAAGGCUGUGGGGAUGGGCUGUGAGAGAUGUUAGGCCAGAGAAGUGGAACCAAUGAACCAUUUUACACACAGCUUUGCAGUUAUCAGUAUUAAGGCUCUCUUAGAGGUUCGUUUAUCUGAACUUGCUUUUGAUUUAGAUAUUACUGUGUUCGAGAGUGAUAUUUUAUUUGGUGUGGUUCUACACAGUCAGCUGGUGUCAGGGGAGGGGAGGGUUGUUGAAUCCUGUGUUGCUGGACGAGGCUGUUUCAGGAACUUAACUUGUAGUGUUUUAACUACUACAUAUAUUAUCCUUAGACGCAGAUGGAGAGCUACAAUAUUGAGUCCAGGAUUUUGGGUACACUCAUUCAGCAAGAUGAUAUGGCAGCGGAUUGGAUCGGACCGAGACUGCUUAACAAUCAAUGACAGGAAUAGUUGGACAUUUUGGGAAAUCCGCUUUCUUCCCCAGAGUUGUAGCUCUAGAUUGACAUCACUCUUGUAUCAGUCCAAUAAAUACGGAGUUAUUGACAAAAGACUGGAAACGGGAGGAAACAGAUCGAUGUCCAAAAGCAGAAAAACCCUCCUCCCAAGAUCCCCAAUUACCACAUUAUGAUCUUAUUUGUUUAAGCUGGACAAAAAAGCGUAACAAUGACACAUUUACGACUUACAGCCCCAUGCCAAGAAAUAGUCCAGUUCACAGCCCCUGGAAAACCUCUGAUCUUUUUAUUAAUUUGACAAGAUGCAAUGCUUCUAUAUUCACCGUGCAGAGAGAAGUCAUAAGGAUCUUCUCACUUGACUGAAAGUGAAUAAGCGUAUUGAGCAACGCGUUGAACUUUCCUUUCCCCACACAGAAAGAGAGGCGAGUAUCUUUGCUCCCGUCUGCCCAUCAUGACAAAGAGCAUGACACACUCCAGCUGCGUUGCUGCUCACCAGGACUUUGACACGGGGCUCAACUUCAAGGUCUUUCAAUGUCGUUGAGACGCACGCCGCAGACAAUGCUGCCCGUUGGUCCACGCCUUGUUUUCAUCUCGUUUUCUGUUAAAACUCGAGACUUUUGACAUGUUUGACCGCUCUCUCACGUUCUGUGUGACGGCCUGCUGCGAUCCUGAGUGCUGUAUUACUGCGUGCUGUUGUACCUCAUUCAUGUACUCGCCGAGGGAGCUGUGCAGCAGCGUGCUGUGUUACUGUGUAACGCAACACACUCGUUGGUACGGUGUAACGCAGACACCGACACGACCGCGCUGCAGGAGCACAGCAGACUUCCAGUUCUGUGGAUGGGAAAUGUUUUCGGUUGCCAUGUGUUUUCAGGCUGUUUGUGCCGUUCCUCAUUUCACUCCUAGUUCACCUCAUGAUGACUUGACUGCUUUCUGCAUACAAAUAAAAAUAUCUGAAUCAUG